CAACCAUGUGGUUCCAGCUCACUCUAUUUUUUUUUUCCUCUCUCUUUCUUCACUCCUUUUUCUUUCCAAACAGGGAAAAGUGUUCCACGAAGCGGUAGCGUCUUUUCGCCUCGCCUUUUCCUCGCCGACCCGGGUCUCCGCUCCUGUCCGGGCGCGAGCCGGUGGGGCGCGGGGCAGGGGACGCAGGGACCCCAGGCGGGGCUCGGGGCGCGGGGCCGCUCCCGCGCCCGCACAUGGCUGCAGCCGCCCCGCGCGCACCCCGAGACGCCGCGCCCACCUCGUCCAGGGGCCCUCGGCUGCGCCCGGCUGUCCCGGAGCCAGGCAGCGGCUGAGCGGGAGGGGCCCGCGCCCCGGGAUCGGGAUGACCCUCCUCGUCCUGCUCGGACUAGUUUCCUACUGUGUUGGAACUUUGGGGACUCACACUGAGAUCAAGAGAGUGGCAGAGGAAAAGGUCACUUUGCCCUGUCACCAUCAACUGGGGCUCCCAGAAAAAGACACGCUGGAUAUCGAAUGGCUGCUCACGGAUACGGACGGGAACCAGAAAGUGGUGAUCACAUACUCCAGUCGUCAUGUCUACAGUAACUUGACUGAGGAACAGAAGGGCCGGGUGGCCUUUGCUUCCAAUUUCCUCGCAGGAGAUGCUUCCCUGCAGAUUGAGCCUCUGAAGCCCAGUGACGAGGGCCGGUACACCUGCAAGGUGAAGAAUUCAGGGCGCUACGUGUGGAGCCAUGUCAUCUUAAAAGUCUUAGUGAGACCAUCAAAGCCCAAGUGUGAAUUGGAAGGAGACCUGACAGAAGGAAGUGACUUGACUCUGCAGUGUGAGUCAUCCUCUGGCACAAAGCCCAUUGUGUAUUACUGGCAGCGAGUCCGGGAGAAGGAGGGAGAGGAUGAACAUCUUCCUCCCAAGUCUAGGAUUGACUACAACCACCCGGGACGCGUCCUGCUGCAGAACCUCACCAUGUCCUCCUCUGGGCUGUACCAGUGCACAGCAGGCAAUGAGGCUGGGAAGGAGAGCUGCGUGGUGCGGGUGACAGUUCAGUAUGUACAAAGCAUCGGCAUGGUCGCAGGAGCGGUGACAGGGAUGGUGGCAGGAGCCCUGCUGAUUUUCCUCUUGGUGUGGCUGCUAAUCCGAAGGAAAGACAAAGAGAGAUAUGAGGAAGAAGAGAGACCGAACGAAAUCCGAGAAGAUGCUGAAGCCCCGAAAGCCCGCCUCGUGAAACCUCGCUCCUCUUCCUCGGGCUCUGGGAGCUCCCGCUCGGGCUCGGCCUCCACUCGCUCCACGGCCAACAGUGCCUCUCGCAGCCAGCGGACCCUGUCCACCGAGGCAGCGGCCCGGCCCGGGCUGGCCACCCACGCGUACAGCCUAGUGGGGCCGGGGGUGAGAGGUUCCGAACCAAAGAAAGUCCACCAGGCUACCCUGACCAAAGCAGAGACCACACCCAGCACGACCCCCGGCCAGAGCAGAGCCUUCCAAACUGUCUGAGUUCGAGUGGACUGGACACCGUGCUUUCCCAGGAGUCAGGAUCUUAGGACUCUUCUAGUCCUGGAAGCUCAUCACCAGCCACACAACCCCCUCGAACCAAAUGAGAGGUCACUGAAGGAGCCGCGACCACUGCACGGAACAGAUUCAAAUGAGCACGUUCCUCGUGGGACACCAAACAAGGAGAAGGAUGAGCUGAUCAUCUCCAAAAGGGCAUCUCACUGUGCCUUUGGACCAGAGUGGGGGGGAAGGUGGGGGCCUAAACUGUGUAUCUGUGGACCAGGACCUGCGGUGAGAAAGGCUGGCGAAAGGGGAAGAGAACACACUUAGAACUUCUCACUUGGGAUGUUUUGUAUCAGCACUUUGAUUCACCAUUGUCAAGAAGCAAUGAGGUGUUGUUCAUUAAUUUUCUAUGCAUUUCUUCAAGCCAGUUGGAUUACUGUGAUUACUCAGAGUCAAGCAGAACACACAGCCUUAUAUUACACCUGUCUGCACCAUGAGAAACUCCAAAAAAGGAAACAAGUCUUUUCUAUCCUGACUUCAUUCACCGUAAAGUUUGGAUAUUAAUUUCAAGAGGAGUUGAAAUAGUGGGAGAUGGAGAAGAAUGAUUUUGUUUUUCCCACUCUAUCCACUACUUAUCUUAUUAUAUUGAACCAUAAAGGAACUAAAAAUGGAGUCCAAAAUGUGUGACAAAGGACUGAAAAACUUUCCAUCUUAAUGACAUUCAGAGGGUCAAUGACAAAUAUCAGAAAUAAAUGCUGGAAUAAUUGUGGAUUGUCUCUCAAAUGGAUGUCUCUAAGGACUUCCCUGCUGGAUCUCUCUGGAGCAAGAAAAGUCACUUAACAAUGUCUUUAGAAAGAAGUCUUCUAGAGAAAAGAGACCUUUUAAGGAUGCUGAAAGAUCACCUGACGUAACCAUCACAGCUCCUCUUUCUGAGAACGAAUGCAAUCAGAAUGGCAAGACUGACUAAAGAGGGAGAUCAGAUCAAUUUUCUCUGAAUAUAUCAAGGAGUGACAUCAGAGGUUCAGUUCUGCACCGAACUUGGAGCUUCCUCCAUUUCUUUCAUUUUAGGGGAGGGAUGUGAAUCUGGGACUUCUGUUGAUUCUAGGCCUUACAUUAUCAAAAAGAUCAGGGAUCGCCAAUAUUAUCCUGAUGGCACUGCCACAGUCAUUCCCUCCUGAGAUGCUGAGACAGCAAGAAAGUCAGUAUUUUCCCAGUUUAGUCUCUAAGGAAGCCGAGCUCUGGGCUGGAAGGAAAGGGAAUUUACAUUUAGGGACGAGAUGAGGAUAAUUAGUGGGUGGCAGGAGAGAUCCGGGUUAGUGCUUGUUGAUAUUGUUGCCAUGUUGGAAAGAAUUAGCGGAAAUGAUUCACCAGGAGAGCUCUCAGAAGAGCUGACUCAUGGGAGAAGGUGUCUGAGAAAUAAAAAGAAAGCAGCCUCCAAUACAAUAACUUGCCUUUCUAAUAGUUUUGACUAUUGUGCUAGUCAAAUUCAUCCUAUGUCAAGAAUGCCAAGCCUGAAAUAGCCCUUCAAGGACCCUAAACAAAUGUCAAGAGAUCACCACUGGUAGAGCAAAAUGUUUAUUAUUGAAAGGGAAGCAGGCUAUAGGAAAGAAAAAGUAGUGCUGAAUAUGGUGAUGAAAGCCGUUUCUAUAAAAUGGUUAUCAGGUGCUCAAAGAGAAAAUGCUGAUCUGGGAUUUUGUCCCAUUUCUCUGGUUUCCAUGUCUACAUCUAGUUCUCACAUAGUGCAAAUGCAUUUCCUUCCAAAGUUCUUUAAGAAACAGGGAUUUAUCCUUGAGUGAAAGUUUCAGCUUGAGCUUUAUCUUCCUCUAAAAAAAAAAAAGUUGGAAAGAGACAUGGAGGCAGUAUUGUAAAGAACGUCUGCCAUUAGUUUAAGAGGGCUGGCGUAUUUGGAAUGCUUCUUACGCUAACACUGCCUCACUCUAAGAUAUCAACUCCUUACUUACUCCACUUUUUUAUUCUUCUGGCAGUGUGGUAUCCAGGCAACAUACCACUUCUGCUAUGUUAUUCUGAGAAUUCUCAUUCCUAGAGUACCUGAGCCGAACAAGUACGCUAUGCAGGCUGCAGCUGUACCACCACUAGCAAUUUGCUCUCAGUAUUUAUUACCUUUGAACCUAAGGUUUCCUGCCUAUGCCUCUGAAAGCAGGAGUCAGUCCCCUUUGCAUGAAAAGGUAUAGGUUAUUUAAACGUGUUAGUUAUUAGAAGACCAAAAUAACAGUUGAAUAUUCAGAUUAUUUUGAAAAUCUGUUCACUCUGGAAAUCUACAAAAAUGUCACAAAACAAAUCAGUACCUGAAAUCUGAGAAAUUCUAGAAACUGAAGAUCUUGAGGAGAUAAGGUGCUGAAGUCUUAGCAAUGACAGUGUGUCAAACUUUCAGAUUCAGGUAAGACAGGCUCCCCGGCUUAAGAUAAAGUGUACGCCAUUACAGGUUUCAAACCACAUUCCAUUAACUUUGCAAGUCAAAUAAAUUCGAUUCUUUAAUAUAAAACAAACAAGGAUAAAAUAAAUGGUGGAAGAGAAAAAGUAUUUGUAGGAAGAAGACAGAGAUGGAAUGAUGGGGAUGUUUAGACAGUAACUAUUUUAAUAAAAUGCAUACACUAAACUUAAACUGUCAAAUAACCAAGUUGAUGCCUCUGUUGUUACACUGUAUAAAAACAAUCUCAGAACUGCCAUUGCAAAGACAUACAUAAUUUUGCUUCA